CUUACUUUAAAAAAAUCAAAUUUCCAGACGACAGUGUCGUCGCCCUCUAACCUUUUGACAAACAGCUGAUUGUCGGAGAGUAUGUGUUAACGAUGAAGUUAUUUUUCUUGGUAUUCUUAAUCGGAUUUGUGAACGGCGCCAUAUACAAUCAUCGUGAUCAUAGUUCGCGUAAUAAAGUACUUAAUAAACGGUAUUCUCCUGAUUGGAACGAUUUGGAUACACGACCGUUGCCAGAGUGGUAUGAUAAAGCAAAAAUAGGCAUUUUCCUACAUUGGGGCGUCUAUUCUGUGCCCGGUUUUGGAUCCGAAUGGUUUUGGAGCAAUUGGAAAGGUGGUAACCGACAAUGCAUCGAUUUCAUGACGAAAAAUUAUCCUCCAGGAUUCACCUAUCAGGAAUUCGCACCCGCAUUCAAAGCCGAGUUUUUCGAUCCGGACAAAUGGGCGGAUCUUUUCGUAAAAGCCGGAGCAAAAUACGUAGUGCUAACAAGUAAACAUCAUGAGGGCUUCACUUUGUUCCCGUCAAAACGUUCGUUCAGUUGGAAUUCCGUCGAAGUGGGCCCAAAACGCGAUAUCGUCGGGGACCUGGCUAAGGCGGUGCGAAACACAAGCUUGAAAUUCGGCGUUUAUCAUUCGCUUUACGAGUGGUUCAACCCUAUUUACGAAGAGGACAAGAGGAAGGCCUUCAAAACUCAGACGUACGUUGACACGAAACUGUGGCCGGACAUAAAACAGAUCGUUCACGAUUACAAGCCCUCCGUUAUAUGGUCUGACGGUGAUUGGGAAGCGAACGACACCUACUGGCGGUCCACGGAACUGCUCGCCUGGUUGUACAACGACAGCCCUGUCAAAGACGAAGUAGUCGUCAACGAUCGUUGGGGCAUCGGCAUACCAGGAAAGCACGGCGAUUUCUACAAUCAUCAAGACAGAUUUAACCCUGGAGUCCUUUUGCACCAUAAGUGGGAAAACGCGUUCACUGUGGACUCCGGAUCUUGGGGAUACAGGCGGAAUAUGCAAAUACGCGAAAUAUUGACGAUUGAAGAAUUGCUCCAACAAAUCGUAACAACAGUUAGCUGCGGGGGAAACGCGCUCAUAAAUGUCGGUCCAACUAAAGAAGGUACGAUCGCCCCGAUAUUUGAGGAACGACUUUUGGCGCUAGGCGAUUGGCUCCAAAUAAACGGCGAGGCCAUAUACAGCUCCUCGCCGUGGGAGUAUCAAAACGACACUCUAAAUGGCAAAGUUUGGUACACUUGUUCGAUUAAUAGAAGCAAUAGUAUGAAACGUACAUACCGCAGUGGACAAGUGGCUGCAAUCUACGCUAUUUUACUCGAAUGGCCUAGCGACAACAGACUGUCAGUUCGAAGUAUCACAAACUCUUUGCGCAGUAGAUACAACCAACUUGAGAUGUUAGGCAACGAAGGAACAUACUUAAAUUGGAAGAUUACGAAUGGGGACGUUGAAAUUGAGCUUCCAGAUAGAGCAACAGUAAAAUCAAAUCACGCUUGGGUCCUCAAACUGGCGACCACAUAACUGAUGGACGAAAACAUAUUGUUGUGAAGUUCUGACAAUCUAUAUCUCCUGUUAUAUUUGACCGACGAACCUAGUUAUUACGUUUUGCAUUCACUCGAAAAAUAAAACA